GCAGCCAGAGAUCUGUAACCUCCACAGGUCUUUGUGCAGAAGCAGAAGUGAUGGUUGGGUGGGCAGCUUCAGAGAGAAAGAACUCCCAGAGUCUGUUCUGACAUGACCAAGUCCUCAGCAGGAAACACUUCUUGUUUUCUCUUUGCUCCACGUUCUUUUCUGAUCUCUGUAUGUUUUCUAUAAACCUCCAACUGUCAGAAGUUUGAGACAAUCUAUUCUUUCACACUCCAGGCACUUGAACUUGUUCCCCUACAUUCCCCCAAAAUGAGGCCAUAUAUUCUUCAUCAAGCCUGCUAUUCCCUGACAAGUCCAAUCUAAACCACUAAGAACCAGCAUCUGCUAACUAGCACCAUUGUUUGUAUUUUUGCAGGGGACUCAACAGUAAGAUGAAGACAAAGAGAUGCAGUAACCCACACCUGGCCUUCCCUGUCAUGAUCAUCUUCUCCCUGUGGCUGCAAACGAGUGCAAACCACACGGUUUACCCCCACCUCAGAGAAGAAACCUGGAGUCCCAUCAGCCAAAACCUCCGUGGGAGCCAGAGCAGCACAGAAGAAAGCACAGAUUCUCCUCUGAACCUCAAUUCUAGCAGCCAAAUGACUACUUUUGAAAUGCAAAGUACCCUGCCGUCCUCCUCUUCCCCUGCCCCAAGUGCAGUUUCCAGCACUCAAGGACUGGGGAAAAGCAGCAAACCCAAGAGCCCAAUGACCAAAGAAACCUGUGAAGACAGUAAGUCUCUCAUACUGAUUUGCUUCAUUAUCAUUGCAGUUCUUGUGCUCAUCUGCAUCUCCCUGUUUCUGUCCACAGUCAUAGUAGCUAACAAAAUCUCCUAUCUCAAAAGAGCCCAGCAGGGCAAACGCAGGCCCAGGAGCAAUGGUGACCUCCUGGCCACCAACAGCUUAUGGCCCACAGCAGCAGGGACGUGGCAGAGGAUGCCCAAGGAGACAAGUGGGACUGAGCUGAUAAUGCAGGAGCUGGUAUUAGGGAGGGAUGCCGUAAACCAAAGGAAAACGGAAGAUGAAACUACUGAGAAACUCACCAAAGCAGGAGAUAAUGAACAAGAAAGCAAAGAACCAUCCCAGCCACACAAACGCAUUUUAACCAAUUUUGUAGUUGAGAUUUAAUUCACACCCAG